CUUUUCAACACCUGAACUUUGCAGUUCGUAAAAAAAUUACGUAACUCUACACAAACGCAAACAACUUGAACUUUCUUAUCGCCUCGGUGAUCGAGGUUUCAUUAUUUUACGUUAAUAAUUUCGCAAGCAGUCUCCGGUAUCAACUUCACUAAAAUUCUGCGAUCAAAAAUGAAAAUGUAAAAUAUACAACGUUAUUUCGAAGUCAAAUCCUUCUUUCACAGCAUCAGAAUGGCUAAAGAAUUACUGAUUGUGUUCCUGUACGACACCGAAAUAAACUUGAGAGAAGAGGAAGAUCCUCAAAAUGCAGUCGUUUACUUUUACCCAUCGUGGGUCGGUGCCAAUCAAAGAAUGGCUUUAUGUGGGCAAUUGAUUGGAGUUACUCAAUUCUUGCUCCAAGGAUUUUCAUUUCCCCACAUCAUAUCGUUGAAUAGUGGAAAAUUCACGAUGAAGAAAAUCGGACCCUAUAUUUUGUGUGUUGGAACCGAUCGAAAUAUUUCGGAUUGGGUGUUGGAAAAACGCUGCGAAAUGUUACACAACACUUUGAUAUUUUUCCAUGGGAAUUUGAGUGUAUUUCAUGAAGAUUGCGAACAUGAUGUUGGUCUGGAAAGGCUAACAAAUGCUAUGGAAGUGUAUCUUCCAACUCUUCUUUAUGCUGGUAAUAUUUUCAGCAAUACUCCCACCAUUCGACUACCUAAGAGCGCCAGUAGUAUUUUUUUAGAAGCAGCGCAAAUUCUGGAGUGCUUACAAGACAGAAAUGGCGUUUAUGGAGGUGCAAUAUUUUAUCAAAACAAGGUUGUUAUGUCCCAGUUAAGUACUGAUGUUUCGAAACAGAUAGUUGUUAUGGAUCCGUACCGAGUGAAAAUCCCUGUUGAGCAUUUUGAAACAUCGUUUCAUUUACCAGCAGGAGUACAAUUAUUGGUUGUCUACAUGGAGCAGAAUAAUUUGGAGGUAUUGAAAGAACAGAAACUUCCUUCAGUAUCUAAUAGGAAGACUUUUGUCCAAGAUAAGAAUACUGAAAAUCAUAUCUCAUCUUCCAACAAAUUGAUGGACAACAUGAAAGUAGAAAGGUCUAAAAUCAGUACAGUUUUAGAAGAAGAAUCCGAGCUUGACCAGCCUUCAAAAAUUUCCAAUUCCGAUUUAGCUGAAAUGCCUGAUGUUGUAAAAGACACCGUAAAAACGUUGGGGAAACCGGAUGGUAAUUCGAAAUUUGCUGACAUAAAUGUCCAGUCGUAUGUGGUCGAUUCUUUUAAGAAAUUCACCAAAUCGACUUCUUGUUCUGUCGAGAGUUUGAAAUCUUCCAAAACCGUGCCACCAAAAUAUUGCAGUUUCAAAAAUGUACGUGAUUCCAGCGAUUCGAAUGAUAAAACUCCCGAUGAAAUUAAACCCUCGGAGGAGAAAAGUAAUUUUCAAGCUUAUUACAAUACCAUAUCAGAUCCUACUUAUCCGUGGUUCCGAUUUAACGGGUUACCAGCAUCGAAAGCUCUACAUGAUGAUCGUGUUGCUUUAUAUUGUCAGGACAUAGGCAGUGCUCAUCAAACUAACGCUAAGGAUGAAAAUAAAGAAGAUCAAAAAACGGAGGAGAAAAAAGAGGCCAAUCCAAAGAGACCUACUAGUAUACAACUGAAUCUUGAAACCACUGUCAAAAAGAAAACGAGAACGGCUAAUUUGAACUUGAAUUUAAAGAAAGAGGUCCCGAAUUUCAAAGAAAUUUGCUCUGCCGUGCCUCCUUCACAGAACGAUGUGCCUUUGACACCGUUAAUGUCCAAACUCAGCAUGUUAGAUUUGUCAGAAUCAAAGGCGGCUACUUCCUGCGCGAAAAUAACUACGCCAUCUACGUCACGAGGUCCUAUUGGUUUAGAAGAUAUAUCUCAAACGUUCAAAGACAGCUUUACUGAAAAAAUGAAAGCAGAACGCCCUAAACGACCCACUCGUGUUAAAAAACGGCCCGUGGAGGAGAAAAAAGUCGCUCUGAAAAAAUCCGUUUUAUUCGUUUACGGAUAUCAAAAUAUCUCUUUGUAUCUUUUAUUGGAUACAGAAAGCGGCCAAGAUAAAAAUUUAAUCAAUUCCUUGUGGGAUACCUGUUGCAAUUCUCUGCCAGAUCUAGAAAGACAUUUCCAACAAUGUUUCGAAUCUAUACCUCAAACUCAGACAUUGAAUGCAACUAAUGACUCGUAUAGUUUCAUAAACGUUCAUGCUGAGUGGGAAACUCUGCAGAAAAGCGGUGCUUGGACCGCUCCUCAAAUGGAUUUAGUUCACAAGUUACACGAAGAUUUCAACGCUGAUCCGACUCUAACAGAUUUAAACAUUCGAUUGGAUGAUGGAGUUGUUUAUGGGAAUCAAAUGGGCGAUUCUCAAGUAUUUUAUCAACAGAACGUCGGUUCGGUAGCUGGAUUACCAAUGCCUUCCGAUUUAAUGGGAGUUAUUUUAUUAAAAGCCAAGCGACGCUUGGAGAGAGAUCAUAGUGUGUUGAUUUUGUAACACAUUUUCUAUACGAAAUCUGAAAUUUAAUUUUUCAGUGUGUGUGCCAUAUAAUUUAGUUUUAUGAUUUGCUUUUUAAAAAUAUUUUUUAUUUUUUGAGAAUCAAAUCAUCUUUUAAUAAGUGCAAUAUAAUUUUACUUAGCUUGAAUAAGUUAUUGAUUGACUCCUUCCCUAUUCCUUGGAUGUUGAGUAUCUGUGAUGAACUUCCAUUCCCAAUAAGUACAUAUUUGUUAUGCUUUGAAAUGCAUUAUAUUUUGGUUUUUUCCCCCCAGUAUUUUUUAUGUCGAUCAUUUGAUUUGAGAAAAUUAAUGUGUUCACGUUUUUCUCAGCAUUCCAUUUUACAUGUGCCAAUUUUUAUGUUAAUUAUUUUCUAAACCUGUUUUUUUUGUUGAAUUUUAAUUUUCAAUAAAUUUUUAAUAAACGCAA